UAGAAAGUUUAGUUAGUGUCUGUGACUUGUGUGUAGUGUUUUAAAAAGUAUGGCAUUAAUUUCACACAAUCUAUCGCCAUUAUCUCCACAAUCAUCUUCUUGGUUUUAUCAGUGGCAUAAUCAACCACCAAUUGAUGAUCAAUUAUUUGCACCACCACAACAUUUUAUAAAUGAACAACAACAUCAGCAUGGGCCAAUUAGUGGUUCAAGGGGUGAUAAUAAUUUAUUCCAUAAAAAUGUAGCACCUUCGUCACCAAUCCAUCAUAAUUUUGAAUCAAACGGAUUUUUAAAAUUGGAUAGCAGUUCACCUUUUGAUGAUAUACCAUUUUAUCGGAAUAAAAGUCGAAAAGAAAACAAUAAAUCAACAAAUUUUGUAAAUUAUUUGCCAUGGGUUUUAUCAGCAUUUUCGUUGGUUCAACCGCCACCACAAUCUCCAUCAAUUAAUUCAAGAAAUAGAUUAUAUCAAUCCAGAAUUGAAAAAAGUGGUCCCUUAAAUAUUUUUUAUCAAUGGUCUCAGUUGGAUUAUGCAUUUGAAUCAGAUCUUGAACGGAAUAUUGCAGUUAGUUCAGAUCGAUAUAUCCCAGAGAAUAAUUUACCUUUAGGUAUAGAAGCAUGGCGAGAUAGGGUAUUUAUUACGAUACCACGGUGGAAAAAAGGUGUUCCAGCAACGUUAACAUGGCUUCCACGUGUUCCAACGGAAAGAUCACCGAAACUAAAUCCUUAUCCAAAUUGGGAUUGGCAUUCUAGAGAAAGUUGCGAUAUUUUAACAUCCGUUUUCCGUAUAUUUGCCGAUUCAUGUGGACGUCUAUGGGUAUUGGACUCUGGUCAAGUAGAAGUAACAAUAAAUCCACGUCAAAUCUGCCCUCCAUCAAUAAUUGUUUUCGAUUUGAAAACUGAUAAAUUAAUAUUACGAUAUGAAAUUCCCGAACAAUACGUGAAACAGGACAGUUUGUACACCAACAUUGUUGUCGACAUACGUGAAAAUGAAUGCGAUGAUGCAUACGCUUACGUUACAGAUGUUUGGCGUUACGGUAUAUUGGUGUACAGUUUAAAAAAACAUGAAAGUUGGCGUUUAACUGAUGGAUACUUUUAUCCAGAUCCAUUAUACACCAAAUAUCAGUUAAAAGAUUUAAAAUUCCAAUGGAACGAUGGAAUUUUUGGUAUGGCAUUAAGUCCUUAUCAAAAUGGACGUGGCCAAACUGAUCGCUUACUAUUUUAUCAUCCAAUGUCAAGUUCACAGGAAUUUUAUGUUCCAGUCUCCGCAUUACGUAAUGAAACCUAUUUUAACGAUAAAGACGACCUUGUCCAAGUUUUAGGCGAAUCACGAGGUCUACUUGGACAAAGCUCCGCUUCAGGAAUGACACGUGACGGUGUAAUGUUUUACAAUAUGGUAUUACGUAAUAGUGUUGGUUGCUGGGAUUCUGGUAAAUCUUACACACGCAAUAAUUUAGGAGUUGUUGUACAAGAUAAUGUAACGAUGGUAUUUCCUAAUGAUUUAAAAGUUGAUCAAGAAAAACGGCAAAGUGUUUGGGUGUUAAGUAAUAAGCUACCUUUUUAUUUAUAUCGCGAACUAGAUCAAAAUGAUAUUAAUUUUCGCGUCUUCCAAGGAUAUACCGAUGAGAUUGUCAAAGGUACAAUAUGUGAUCCUAUUAUUCCCGAUACUCAUCAACAUUACCCUUCGUUAAUACAUUAUUAA